AAGAAAACAAUGGCGGUGAAUGAAAGUAUUAAGUAGCCUAACGACGCUAAAGGAUACAUAAAAAAGUGUGCGCAGUGAAUUAAGUGUGCGUAGUGAAGUGUAGAAGAAGUGUGAAGGGCCAAGGAGGACGUAAGAAGCGAUGAAAAGCGAAACAGAGAAGACGACGAAGAAGACGAAGACGAAGGAGACGAAGACGAAGAAGACGAAGACGAAGAAGAAGAAGAAGGAGACGAAGAAGAAGAAGAAUCACCUUAACCACCAUGACGCCGCGGGUGCCGUCAACGCGCGCAGACGGGAUCAUUUUCUUGGGCCGCGGGAGCCCAGCAUACGUCAAUUCCUCCUGACCAACCUGACCCAGACUCCAGCAGGCGACGGCUACAUGUGGAAGGUCAACGUGGAGGGCAUCGCCAGGAACUUCAAUCCCCACAUCUCCACCUUCCCCGCCGCCUCCCUUCCGCUGCGCUCCUUCGAAGGGGAGACCGCGUUUGUGGCCGGGGCGCUGUCGGACUAUUUGAGGCCAGAGGAUGAGGAUGAGAUUGAGACCUUCUUCCCGCAAGCGUCGUUUCACUACCUUGAAGGGGCAGGCCACUGGUUACAUGCAGACCGCCCGCAGGCCUUCCUUGACCUGGUCACACCCUUGCUGCUGCCUUGAAGAUAGUUAGGAGUAGGUCGAUGUGUUAAUUGAGGUCAUUUUUUGCAUAUAUAUUUAAUUCUUUUCUGCCUCUUUUUCCUUGUUUUCUUCAUUUUCUUCUUUUUUUGUUGUUUUUCUUCUUUUCUUCAUCUUUUUUUCUGCCUUUUCUUCCUCUUUAUCUCCAUUUUCUUCUUUUUUUGUUGUUUUCUUCUUUUUCUUCAUCUUUUUCUUUUUUUUCUGCUUUUUCUUCCUCUUUUUCUUAAUUUUCUCUUUUUUUUUCUUCGUCUUCUCCUUUAUCACAUUCUAUCUAUCUAUCUUUCUAUCUAUUUAUCUUUUUAUUUAUGUCACGACGUCUAUUAUGUCAAGUUAAUCAAGCCUUCCUCCAUACCCUUGCCAGAUGUAUAUAUUGUAUUAUACUGUAUUAUAUUGUAUUAUCUUCGUCAUUUUAUUAUAUGUGAAAGAAUA